AUGGCUUCCAAUCUUAUCUCACGGCUUCUACCAUCAAAUACACAAGGACGAUCGAUAUAUGAUUCAUUACGUGCUCACGACGAGGCAUCCGGAUCGGAUAUGGACGUAGAGGAACGAGCGGCAAUGGCAAUCGAUGAAGAGAAUCUAAGAUUUAAGGAUGAUGAGUUAGGAAAUCCAGCAGAUGUAAUCAGCGGCGAGUCUGUCACAGAAAGUACGGCAUUUCUGUCUGAUCAACAACAGACACCUCAGAAACAGGGUUAUAAUCGUAAGGGGAAAGGCAAAGGUCGCUCACAUAAUUUGGCAGAAUCGCCAAGGUUACUUGAAGAAGAUUCAGAUGAUGAUGUGCCUGCCUCAUUGUUGAUCGAGGGAAAUAAUCGACAUGCUGAUCCGGAGACUCCAAACCACAUCCGAGCAAGGCAGACGGCGCUGCCAAAGAGAGCACCUGCAGUACCGGGACCAUCCGCACAACAGAUAAAAGAAGAAAGAGAUAGAGCUCAUUGGGAGAUGACGCAGGAACAACAGAAAUUACAUGAAGACGGCGGAAAUAGGGCGACUGGUGUGCCGCACACACCACAGUCUAUCCCUCAAAACACCGGAUUUUACUUGACAGGCAGUCCGAAAGAUAAAGCUAUGUAUCGAUGGGUCAACGUAACAAAUCUAGAUAAUUUCAUCGGAGAUCUAUACGCUUAUUUUGAGGGGGCGGGAAUUUGGUGUAUAGUUCUCGCCAAAGUCAUUGACAUCCUCACACUUGUUUUUGUAGCAGUAUUUACGACUUUCCUUACACAAUGUGUAGACUAUAAAAAGAUCUACCGCGGCGAUGCUCGCAGCUUGGAGUACGCCAAUAUGCAGACUGUAUCCUUUCAAGAUGUUAUUGCUAGGUUAAUGGCUCUGCGAGACGCAAAUCCCAUGACAGUGGAGAGGAUUUCGCCGGAUAAUCGGAAAUUUGUCUUGGGGACUCAAUCAAAACAACGACUUGAUGCCCACGAUAUAGCCAAUCGUUUGAUGAGGAAAGAAAACUACCUUAUUGCCCUGUUUAACAAGGAAAUUCUGGACCUUACUCUACCCCUACCAUUUCUGCAAGGCCGACAGCUAUUUUCAAAAACCUUACAGUGGAACUUAGAGUGGUGCAUAUUAGACUUUGUCUUCAAUGACUAUGGUCAGGUCAGACAAUUGGUUCUGAAAGAUUCUCAUCGGCGAGAGUUGAGCGAUGGGUUGCGGAAUAGAUUCCUUUUCGCUGGUUUAAUGAACGUUAUCUGUGCUCCGGUCAUUGUCAUCUAUGUGGUGAUUGUGUAUUUCUUCAAAUACUUCAAUCAAUAUCAUAAAAAUCCCGCUGCUCUCGGCUCACGGGGAUAUACGCCUCUUGCGGAGUGGAAAUUUAGGGAGUUCAAUGAGCUUCACCAUUUAUUUAACAAGCGGUUAAACAUGUCUUACCCUUUUGCAUCACGGUAUCUCAAUCAAUUUCCAAACGUGAAAACGGCCCAUAUGGCUAAAUUUAUAACAUUCAUGGCCGGAGCCGUUGUUUCCGUUUUGGUAGUUGCCACGGUCUGGGAUUCUGAAGUUUUGGCCGGAUUUGACAUCACCUCGGAGAGGCCGGUAUUAUUCUACAUAGGAGUCUUUGGAUCGCUCUGGGCUAUCACAAAUGGUAUGAUACCAGAAGAAAAUGAGGUUUUUGACCCCGAGUAUGCACUCCGGCAAGUGAUAGAAUAUACUCAUUACAUGCCCAACCACUGGCAAGAUCGACUCCACAGCGACGAAGUUAAACGCGAGUUUUCCACGCUCUACCAACUUAAACUUAUGAUUUUCAUCGAAGAAGUAUUUAGCAUCAUAAUUACUCCAUUUCUGUUAUGGUUCAGCUUGCCAAAGUGCGCCGAUCAGAUCAUUGACUUCUUCAGAGAAUUCACAGUUCAUGUUGAUGGUGUGGGAUAUGUUUGCUCAUUCGCCGUCUUCGAUUUCAAGAAGGGAGAUGGUAGAGCUCCGACACAAGGUAAAGCCAAGAGCGACAUGCGAGAGGAUUAUUAUUCCACCAAGCAUGGAAAGAUGGCCGCCUCAUACUAUAACUUCCUGGACAACUAUUUGCUCAAUCCAAAAACAGGUGUACCAGGACAUAACCCACCAGGAUUGCGACAACAAUUCUAUCCUCCUCCAGCCUUUCCAGGUUUGAUUUCGUCUCCCACAUCGGGUGCGGAUUUGCAGAGCUCAAGGAUGGGACGAAGUGAUGUAAGGCCCAUGAAUAGAGCACCUUAUGUUCCACAGCAAGCAGUUCGGACACCUCGAUUCCCAUCUAAUACUACUGCUACUGGAUCUCCUAUGGCCUCCAUUCUUUUGGAUCCACGUCACCAACCGCCAUCAUCUGAAUUGGGAGCUCGUAGUGUUAGACGAAGUUCUCGAUCACGAUAUCAAGCUCGUAGAGGAAACAAUAUUAUUGAAGAUCCGAUGGAGGACGAGAAUGGACCAGGCCGACCCGUCGCUCAACCUGGAAGAUCUUAUGCAGUCGAUGACACAGUUGCAAACCUGGGUGAAUCCACUUGGGAAGUGUCUCCAGCAAAGGCAGACGCUGACGGUCAAGAUGAGGAGGAAGAUGGUGAUGGUACUGGAGGAGCUGGAGUCUUAGGACUUGUGUAUCAAUUUCAAAAGGCGCAAACAAAUGGUAGACCCGGAGUUAGCAUUUGGUAG